CUCCGAUAUAUAUCGCAACCAGCUCUAGCCGACAGACGCGCGUCUUUUUUUAUCAGUGAUUUUUUUCCGGAUUAACCGCGUUUAAGCGCCCACAGCGAGCGAAAGAUUAUUAAAAACCCUCAUCAGAACUCGCUUUUCCUAUAUAUAUCGUCAUGGAUCGACGCCUGAGACGCCCGCGUCGCACGGAUGAAGUGGCAGGAGCCGCAGGAGCUCCCCUCUUGCAGUCCACACAGCCCAGCCAGCUGCCGGUGACCCGGCGGACUCUCACAGCAACCGCUACUGCUGCCACUGGACCCGCUACCCGGACACGUGCCUCGCCGUCGCGCAACAAGGCACCGCCUUCACCCGAUCUGGGUCCACGCACUCGACGCUCCAGCCGUCCCAGAUCAUCGGUGGGCCCUAUUACAGGUGCCCCUGUGCCCGCCAAGGCCUCUAUUAAGGUCCGCACACCCAUACGCGAGGUGCCAGAGGUGCCUUCACCCGUGCGUCAGUCCACCAACAGCAGUCUGCCAUUGACCCUGACCACCAACACAUCCAGCCGGGCGCCCAACAAGUCCUUCAACACAAGCUCCCUGAACAGUGGGAAUUACAUAAGCAGCAGCUCCACCACAACUACCACCACUACCUCGGAGCGCAUCGAGAUCCGAGCCGAGGGCGAUAGUGAGGUGGACACGGACUCCUUGCGCAAGCGCAUCACCGAGCGACUGCGGCGAUCGGUGUCGAAAACCAUCUCAAACUUGGCCGGAACGCCAGUGACUAACACGGAGGAUGGCGGCAGUCGCUACAGCCGCAGUGUGUCGAGAUCAGUGUACGAUGAUGAGAAAUCCUCCAAAAGGAGCUACUCCACAGGCGAAGAGGAUAUCGAGGAGGAGGAGCUGGAGGAAGAGGAGGAGUUCCGCAGCUUCAAUGCCACUAGAAAGUCGGCCACGCCAGCAGAAAUUUCCUGCCGCCAGUUGAAGGCACCGCAAGAAUUUGGCGGCUGGCUGGGUGCCUUCCUAUUGCUGCUCCUGGUGCCCACCGCUGUGUACUAUCUCACCUGGAGCUGUACGGCCCGGAAUGCCUGUCAGCUGAAGCAUCUCAAUCCCAGAAUUCUGCUGGAUGUGAAUUAUCUGACGCGUCAGGUGUUCCAGCCGCAUGUGGUGGCAGCCUUUGCCACGUACCAUGUGGUGGCCUUUGUGCUGGUGGCCCUGCUGCCCGGACGCCGAGUGCAUCUCACCCGGGAGACCUACAAGUUCAACUCGCUGGCAGUGGCAUCCACUUUCCUGAUUGCCGGCGGCAUUGCCGAGUAUCUCAAGUAUCCGGUUGUGGCUUUUGUGCUGCGUCACUAUCUACGCUUCUGCAUUUACGGACUGAUCGGGGCCUUUGUGGCCGCCGCCUGGAGCUAUUGGCUCGUGGACAACGCCAAGUACAAUGUCCUCCGUCAGACGCUGACCAAUGACUAUGGCAAGAGCGGUAGCUUUGUGGUGGACUUUGCGCUGGGCCGGCAGCUGAAUCCCAAGUGGCUGGGGCGUGUGGACUGGAAGCAGUUCUACUAUCGCCUGUCCCUGGUGAGUACGCUGCUGUAUGCCGCCUGCUAUGUCUACCAGACGCUGGUGUGGCCCCAGAAGCCGCAACUGGCCGAGCAGGAGGGCAACGUCUAUCUGCAUGUGGCCAGGUAUUACUGGAACAAUGUCAACUAUGAUGCGGGCACCCUGCUCUCGGCCAGCUGCCUGAUCCUGUACGUCCUGGACGCCAUCGUCUUUGAGCAUCACUUGAGCUCGUCCUUUGAGCUGCAACACGAGGGCUAUGGCUGCCUGCUGCUGCUGCGCUAUGCCGCCACCCCCUACUUGCUGUCGUCUGUGACCAAGUACUUCUACGAGCAGCGCGUGCCCAUCGCCUGCUGGUAUGCUCCGAUCGGUGUGGGGGCCCUCCUGUGCCUGGGAUUGCUGGUGAAGCGCUACAGCUGCGCCUACAAGUACAAAUACCGACUGAACGCGCAGAGUCCGAUCUUUGCCAACAUCGAGACGAUUCACACGUACCAGGGCAGCCGCCUGCUGUUGAGCGGCAUGUGGGGAUGGGUGCGACAGCCCAAUUAUCUGGGCGAUAUUCUGGCCCUGCUUGCCCUCGCCGCUCCCAUGGCCCUGCGCCCGGCCUGGCCUCCUGUACUGGGACUCGCCCUGAUUGUCCUCCUGCUGCUGCAUCGCACCACGCGUGCGAAUGCCAGGAAUCUGGCGCGUUAUCACUCGUCCUGGCAGCGCUACAGCACACAGGUGCGCAGCUACAUCCUGCCCAAGGUCUAUUGAAAAGGAUUACCUAGGUAUUGUGGCCAUUUACAUUUGGAUUUUUAGUUUGUUUAUAUCUUUUAUGUUUCGAAUUUGUAUAUAGAAAUACGUUUUCAUUUUCAGACCAUCAACAAUCAUUGAUCCCCAUUAAAUUAGUACAAAAUUUGAUUUUACCUUUGCCGACGAUCAUUUUUUUAUAAGAAAAACUAACUCUUCACUCUUGUAUAAGCUUAGUUAAGCUUAGUAAAAGUUUAAAUACCCCCAAACACACCAUCUAGCUGUACGAACCUAAGCGCUUAAGAUCUAGACACCUUACAAAUAUGAAUUACUUUAUUAAUCUUUAUGCCUACGCAUAUGGGAAUUACUUUGUACACACAACAAUUAUAUAUACACUAAAUAAAUCUAUAGUUUCUAUGCUUAAAAGAAACGCAAAGUCAAAAGAAUUAUUAUUUGGGUUUAUAAUUAUUUAUUUAUAUUAUAUAAAUCCAUAUUUAUGUAAUUUAAUUGAAUUUUUCACGUAUAAUUCAAAAAUGUCUGUGCUAAAUGAACAUUUUCCGCUUGUGUUAAGAAAAGUUAUUUAUAACAAAUUGAAACAUUAGUUGUUCCAUCAGUUUUUGAAUAUCUGCUCAUAGUUCAGGAUGGGUAUUCCAUGGCUUUUGCUGUUUUGCGCUCUUUUGCCCUCUUUUGCACAUGGUAAGAGCUGUACCCGUCCAUGGGCAUGCAAAUAAUCCGGCUCGAAGACUAGGAUAAUGUAUAUUCCAUCUCAUAUAACAAGUCUUAUUUGACACCUAUGUGACUUUAUAUGAUGUAAAUAUCCUGCUCUUUAAAUGAGUUUCAAUUACUAAAUAUACAAAUACAAGCCGCAAAACUAUUUUGUAUUUAAAUUUUAUAUAGUUGAAGCUUUGAUGUCGAAAUAAAUGCAAUCUAAUUGA